UCACAGUCACGUCAUAGUAAACAAACAGUCGCGGGAGUGUGCUGCAUGUGGUGUAGCCGCCUGAGUAAAAACAAUGGCCGAAGAUACAGACAACGCCACCGCUUUAGCACAGUUCAUCUGUUAUGUACUGUACUGCUCGAUGGUGUUACACACCAGAUGCGCACAGAGUCUUGUCGUGAUGAUAUUAUCAGAGGGCAGAAGACGUCGUGAAAUGAUAGCGAGGAAUGCUAGCAACACAGUCGCUGCAGCGGUCCAGUUCCAACUGUCUCGACUCCCACAGGUCACUCGUUCGUGUUGGAUGCGGGUCCGGAGCAAAGACUGGUGGGAGAGAGUGGUUAUGAAAGAGUUUUCCGAUCCUGAGUGGAAGGAGAGUUUUCGGAUGACACGCAGCUCAUUCCACAAGUUGUGUGGCUACAUGGAGGGAGUUUUGAGCCCCCAGGAUGAGACUGUUCGAGCACCGAUACCACUGGAGAUGAGGGUUGCAAUUGUUCUGUACAAACUCGCAAGCUGCGCGGAGUACAGAGUUGUCGCCAAUCAGUUUGGUGUCCAUAAGUCCACCGUGAAGAAAUUUGUGUACGCCUUCUGCAAAGGAAUGGUAACGAGCGUCAUCCACCACUUUAUCAAAGUGCCCACACCAGAAGAAGCGCUGACAAUUGCGCACAGAUUCGAACAAAAAUUUUACAUUCCACAGGUCUUCGGCUGCAUCGAUGGAACGCACAUCCCUAUAGUGCCACCGAGUGAUCGCUACCAGGACUUUGUGAACCAAAAAGGAUGGCCGUCAUACGUACUGCAAGCGGUGGUGGAUGACUUGUAUCAAUUUUGGAACAUAAACUGCAAGAUGCCCGGACGUGCUCAUGAUGCAAAUGUCCUCAGACAAUCUGCCUUGUUUUCCCAGGCACAUCGGCUACCAAAGGAACCCAGAGACAUCCACGGCACAGCAGUUGACCUCUUCCUGCUGGGACAACCUGCUUAUCCACUCACAAAGUGGCUAAUGAAAGGAUACACACACUCUCCACAUAUAACAGCUAAACAAGAGUCAUUCAAUGUCUACCUAAGUUGUGCUAGAACUACAGUGGAGAUUGCUUUUGGAAGGCUGAAAUCACGCUGGCAGGUGUUGAUGAAGAGAAGCGAUUUUCACCAUACGUUCACCCCUCAUGUCAUCGCCACCUGUUGUGCUCUACACAAUUUCUGUGAGAGUGAAGAAGAGAAUGUUGUUCCUGCCUGGACUGCUGAAUCUGAGCGUCUUGGACACCAGUUUCCCCAGCCCGCUGUGCAAGUCUACAGUACUGCGGAGGACAGCGAGGGUGUGAGAGCCAGGCUUGCCUUAACGGAGUACAUAGUAAGAUCUUUGAUGGUCACUCCUCUUCUGAGAAGGAUAAUGACAUCUUCUGGGCUCAGAAGAAGCUGCUCGACUUGCCCAGUUCACUGUUCUCCACAGCGCCAGCCUGGCUGUGACUAGCGGACUGUUUGGCAACACACAACAGUGCCCUCUAGUGGCUGGUAGAUGUAAACAUAAACCCAGUGUUGUGCCUUCAAAAUAAAUAUUUGAUUGUUUUUUAAUUCAAAUAUAGCUUUUAAAGGAAAUACUGCACCUUCAUUCUGCACACCUCUAAACGCCCCGUGGAGGAAUUAUUAAAAAGAAAACAUAG